AUGAGCACAGCUCGGCUCAGUGCAGCACCCAGCUCGUUUAGAAACGAAUCGAAUAGCAGCUGAAUCGCAUCGAGAUAUACAGCAGAGAAAACGCUGCAACGCUCCUUGCGUGCCCAGGGCUGUACAGCAAGCUUGGGGAGGGCACUGCGUAGAGUGCACUAGAUUUGGAGCCCGUCGCGGGACGCGGGGCGCAACGCGCGCGCGACGCAUGGCGCAAGCAAGACGCCGCUGGCCCCUCCGGCUCCAAAAGCGAGUAGCAAUCGUCAUCUUGCUUCUAGUGGUGACGACGUGGCAGUCGCUGUUCUACGCGCCGUCGCUGCCGAAGCCGCCGCCCCAGAACUGCGCGUUACUCGGCGAACAGCCGCCGAAACCGCCGGCGAACCGCAUCCUGGAUGGCGCCGGUUUCUUCACGACGCGACGACGGUACCAGGCGUCCCUAGAUCAAUUAUCAAAUUGUGUGAAGGAGCGACGGGAGUCCGACGACGUGUGCAGCUUGGCUAGACUAUCAAGUGCCUGGCGGGCGCACGCGCGGCUAGAUGCGCGAGCCGCGGCGCACCCCGCCGCGCGGAGAUGGAGCCAUUUCCUCGACUGCGGCCUGAUAGGAAUCGUGAAAGACUGCCCCCAGAAGCCCUUCGAGGUCUACGCCGCUAGAUACGCGUACGACGACGACAAGUGCCGACGAGCACCGCAACGGUGCCCGAAGGCGUGCGAGCGGUUGCUGGACCACGCGACGCAGUCCCGACCCAGUGUAGAUAGGAUGCUGUCGCCUACUCGUGGUUUAGCCACCCGCGCGUUGCUCGUUGUGGUUUUUGUGGUCGCGUUGGCGGUGCUGGCCUCGGCGACGUUCCCGGGCUAUUUCCAGUCGCAAGCGCCCGUCCUCUUCGAGUACAUGCCCGUGCCGGCGUCGCCGCCCGGCUAUUCUCCGCAAUCGCGGGCGAAGCGCGCGCGGUGA